GGCGCGGAGGCCGGGCGCGCAGCCCAGCGCGGAGCAGCGGCGUCGCGGCCGCCGGCAGGAUUCGCGGCCCGAACCAGGCAGCCUCACACUAGUUCAUGGAGGAAGCCCCAGGAGCCCCUGGCCAGGCGGGCUCUCCCUUCCGCAGGGAGGAGGCAGAGCGUGAGAGGAGGCAGCUGCCCCAGGAGUGGACAUGAACUCUGGUCUUCAGAGAGAACAGCGUUUUAGUUUUGGUCAUCGAAAGUGGUGCCUUCAACACAGAAGAGCCUGAAUUCCCUCCGAGGCCGUUCAUCUCCAGCUCGGGACGCGAGGGGAGAAGAGGCGGGCCGGAGCUGCCCUCGGCCUCCAGCGUGGCCUCUCCCGUGCGGGGACCAGGGAUGCCUGGGCCAUGCGCACGGCCGUGUCCCGCCGUCAGCCGUUCGCCUAGCACACGGGGGGCUUGUGGGGGGCCACUCGCCACUGCCAACUGAAACGAUAUGAUGGCAACGCUGACAUCCUGCAUGACGCUUCCACGACACACGUUCAGGCAGAAAGUGCCGGCGCGUUAGCCGUCCGCCACGUAGAGGGCCAUGCCUCACCCGUGCGAGUGGUCUGGGCCCUGAUGACCUGCUCUGAGUCCACUUGCAGCCAGUGACACUUGCAAAAAACUCCCCCCAAACGUCUUGGGUUUGGCUUCCGCAGCGCUUGACCCAUGUGGCCCAAGCCAGACGCCUCCCCGGGACGCCUGGAUUGUUCGUGAACGCGGCCCGCCCUGACCCUCCCGGAGUAGCAUCCAAGGUCCUGUGGAGGUCAUGGAUCCUGAUCAAAGUGUCAAGGGCACCAAGAAAGCCGAGGGAAGCCCCCGGAAGCGGCUGACCAAAGGAGAGGCCGUUCAGACCAGUGUCUCGCCCAGCGCCCCGUACCCAGGCAGCAGCACGGCUGCCACCCAAGAGGGCCCCCUCCAAGAGCUCCUCGCCCCGCAGCCCUUCCCGGGCCCCUCGUCCAUUCUUAGGGAAGGCUCUCAGGAGAAAACAGGCCAGCCCCAGAAGCCCCCCAAGAGGGCCUCCGUCGAAGCCUCUGUCCACGUCUCGCAGCUUCCGCAGCACCCGCUGACACCAGCAUUCAUGUCGCCCGGCAAGCCCGAGCACCUCCUCGAGGGGUCCUCGUGGCAGCUGGUCGACCCCCUGAGACCCGGCCCCUCAGGCGCCUUCGUGACCCCCGGGCUCCGUCCUCAGGGCCAGCAUCUCCCCUCCCGCGCUUGCAUCAUCCCCCCCGAGGACCUGCCUGGCGUCCCCAAAGUCUUCGUGCCCCGUCCCUCCCAGGUCUCCUUGAAGCCCGCGGAAGAGGCGCCCAAGAAGGAGAGGAAGCCCCCGAAGCCGGGCAAGUACAUAUGCCAGUACUGCAGCCGCCCCUGCGCCAAGCCCAGCGUGCUCCAGAAACACAUCCGCUCGCACACGGGCGAGAGGCCCUACCCCUGCGGCCCCUGCGGCUUCUCCUUCAAGACCAAGAGCAACCUCUACAAGCACAGGAAGUCCCACGCCCACCGCAUCAAAGCCGGCCUGGCCUCGGGCAUGGGCGGCGAGCUGUACCCCCCCGGGCUGGAGAUGGAGCGGAUCCCUGGCGAAGAGUUCGAGGAGCCCACCGAGGGAGAAAGCACGGACUCGGAGGAGGAGACGGGCACCACGUCCGCUCACCCCGCAGAGCUCUCCCCGAGGCCCAAGCACCCGCUCCUGUCCAGCGGCCUGUACAGCUCCGGCAGCCAGGGUUCCGGCCACGAGCGCUGUUCCCUGUCCCAGUCCAGCUCAGCCCCGUCGCUCGAGGACCCCGCUCCCUUCGCGGAACCCUCCUCCGAACACCCCCUGAGCCACAAAGCCGAGGACACCCACACGAUAAAGCAGAAGCUGGCGCUCCGCCUGAGUGAGAGGAAGAAGGUGGUCGACGAGCAGGCGUUCCUGAGCCCGGGCAGCAAAGGCAGCACGGAAUCGGGCUACUUCUCGCGCUCCGAGAGCGCCGAGCAGCAGGCCAGCCCCCCCAGCGCCAACGCCCGGUCCUACGCCGAGAUCAUCUUCGGCAAGUGCGGGCGCAUCGGGCAGCGCACGGCCGUGCUCGCGGCCCCCGCCGCCCAGCCCCUCCUGCCUCUGUCCACCGAAGACAAGCCCAGCCUGGUGCCCCUGUCCGUGCCCAGGACGCAGGUCAUCGAGCACAUCACCAAGCUCAUCACCAUCAACGAGGCCGUGGUGGACACCAGCGAGAUAGACAGCGUGAAGCCCAGGAGGAGCUCGCUGUCCCGGCGCAGCAGCAUGGAGUCGCCCAAGUCCAGCCUCUACCGGGAGCCCCUGGCGCCGCACGGCGAGAAAGCGAAGCCCGAACCGUCGCUGCUGAGCCUCCAGCACCCGCCCAGCACCACCCCCCCUGUGCCUCUGCUGAGAAGCCACUCAAUGCCUUCUGCCACCUGCACGCUCAGCACCCCCCACCCCACCUUCCGAGGCAGCUACUCCUUCGACGACCACGUCGCCGACUCGGAAGCCCUGAGCCGCAGCCGUCAACUGUUUACCUCCCACCCCCGGAUGCUCAAGCGCCAGCCGGCCAUCGAACUCCCUUUGGGCGGGGAGGGCGGUUCCGAGGAGGCGGGGCCCAGCGGCAGAGAGGCAGCCCCCCGACCCGCCGAGGAGCCGGAACCCCGGGACAGCGACGUCACCAAAAAGAGCAAGAAGGGCUCGAAAACCAAAGGGGUGGCCUAUGAAUGUAACAUCUGUGGUGCUCGGUACAAGAAGAGGGACAACUACGAAGCCCACAAGAAGUACUACUGCUCCGAGCUUCAGAUGGCCAAGCCCGCCUGCGCAGGUGCUCACGCGGCUCCCGAGGCCGAGAAGAGCCCCGCCGAGCCCGAGCCCUGGCCCCAGAUGAUGCAUUACAAGCUGGGGGCCACCCUGGAGCUCACUCCGCUGAGGAAGAGGAGGAAGGAGAAGAGCCUCGGGGACGAGGAGGAGCCGCCCGCCUUCGAGUCCACCAGGAGUCCGUUCGGCAGCCCCGGGAGCCUUCCCCUGGGGGCCACCACGUCACCAGCAGAGCCGAGGAAGGCAGCGCCCUCCCUGGAGGGGUCUGCGGGCCUCCAGCCCAGGCCUCCCAAGCCAGGGUCCGGUUCGGAGUCGGGGAAGGAGAGGAGAGCCACGUCCAAAGAAAUUUCCGUCAUCCAGCACACCAGCUCCUUCGAGAAAUCCGACUCUCUGGAGCAGCCUGGCGGCCUGGAAGGGGAGGACAAGUCUGCGGCCCCGUUCCCAUCGCCCCCGCCAGCCCCCCACGCGCGCUCGGCUCACGCCCUGCAGCCCAGGUUGGUCCGCCAGUCCAACAUUCAGGUCCCCGAGAUCCUGGUGACCGAGGAGCCCGACCGGCCAGACACGGAGCCCGAGCCGCCCCCUAAGGAGCCCGAGAAGACAGAGGAGUUCCAGUGGCCCCAGCGCAGCCAGACGCUCGCCCAGCUCCCAGCCGAGAAGCUGCCACCCAAGAAGAAGAGACUGCGCCUGGCAGAGAUGGCCCAGUCGUCGGGGGAGUCCAGCUUCGAGUCCUCCGUGCCUCUGUCGCGCAGCCCGAGCCAGGAGAGCGGCGUCUCUCUGAGCGGGUCCAGCCGCUCGGCCUCCUUCGAGAGGGAGGACCACGCCAAAGCCGAGGCCGCCGGGCCCUCGUCCGACGCGCGCGCCAAACCCUUGGGCACCCACAUGCUGACCGUCCCCAGCCACCACCCGCACACCCGAGAGAUGCGGAGGUCAGCCUCCGAGCAGAGUCCUGAUGCUUCCCACGCCGCCCACACGCCCGAGCCGCGCAGCAAGUCCUUCGACUACGGCAGCUUGUCCUUGACAGGCCCUCCCGCGCCGGCCCCUGCGGCUCCAGCGGCCCCCGCUGCCCCGGCGGCCUCGACGGCGCCCCCAGAGAGAAGGAAAUGCUUUCUGGUGAGACAGGCCUCUCUGAGCCGACCUCCCGAACCCGAGCCGGAGGCCACCCCCGCGGGAAGACAGGAGAGUGAGGAGCCCAAGCCCUCGUCCAGUAAAUCCUCGGCCAAAGGCGCACCGCCCCCCACCUCCUCUGCAGUCACGUCCCACAGCGGGCACCCCGGAGGCAAGAGCCAGGCGCAAGACAGACCCGCGCUGGGGGCCACCCCGCCCUACCCGGAAGCACUGCAGGGGUUCCCGCACCCCGUUGCUCAGCUCCCCCUGCAGGAGAAACCGUACCUGCCCCCGCCCGUCUGCCUCUUCUCCUUCCAGCACCUCUUACAGCAGGAGCCGGGGCCGUCUUCGGAGUUCUUUGCCACCCAGGCCAUGUCCAACCUGCUCUCCACACCCUACCCCGUGCCCCCGCUUCCUCCCUCCUUAUUUCAGGCCCCCCCACUGCCUCUCCAACCUGCCGUUCUGCACCCAGGCCAGCUCCACCUCCCCCAGCUCAUGCCUCACCCGGCCAGCAUCCCCUUCCGGCAGCCCCCUUUGUUUCUUCCCACGCCUUACCCUGCCUCCUCAGCACUUUCUUCUGGGUUUCUCCUGCCGCUGCAGUCCCAGUUCGCCCUCCAGCUCCCUGGCGAUGUGGAAAGCUGCGGGCCGCAGAUCAAAACCAGCCCGGCCCCUCUGGCGCCAGGAGUCCCCGGCCUCCCCUCCAGCACCGGCUUCAGCAGUGACAUCCAGCUGCCCUCUGCGGCGCCCCCGUCCAGCGGCUCAGCGCCCACGUCAGCCCCUCCGCUGGCCCUGCCCGCCUGUCCAGACACCGUGGUGUCUCUGGUUGUGCCCGUGCGUAUCCAGACCAACAUGCCCUCCUACGGGAGCGCCAUGUACACCACUCUCUCCCAGAUCCUGGUCACCCAGUCCCAAGGCAGCUCAGCAACGGUGGCCCUUCCCAAGUUUGAGGAGCCCUCAUCCAAAGGGACAUCCGUGGGGGGGGCAGGUGUGUAUGAGGUCGGACCCAGGCCAGCCGCGGUAAGUGACGAGCAGAGCGGAGGUUUCCCCACGCCCUACCUGAGAGUGCCUGUGAUGCUUCCUGAACGAAAAGGCACGACCCCGUCCUCAGAGAGUGUCUUGAGCCCGGAGGGCAGCUCCUCCACAGUGGGGGGAAGCAAACGCGUCCUCUCACCAGCUGGCAGCCUCGAACUUACCAUGGAAACCCAGCAGCAAAAAAGAGUGAAGGAAGAGGAGGCUGGCAAGGCCGAUGAAAAACUCGAGCUGGUGAAACCAUGCAGUGCGGUGCCCACCACCACCGAGGACGGCAAGCGACCAGAGAAGUCCCACUUGGGCAGCCAGGGCCAGAGCAGGAGGGAGCUAGAAACGCUGUCCAGCCGGUCCUCGGACCCAUCCGACCCCAAGGAAACGCCUCCCCUUCCUCAGCCCUCGUUGCCCUGUGUGACAGCCCCGGGCCCAGAGGCUUCGAAGGAAUAUGCCCAGCCGCCUGGCAAACCUCACCGAAGAGGGUUGCUCCCACUGCGUGUGAAGAAAGAGGAUUCCAAGGAGCACCCUGACCUCCCUCCACUGGCACCUCCCAGCUCGCUGCCCCCGUCCGAAACGCCCCCCCGACCAGCCACGUCGCAAGAAGGUACGGACUCCAAGAAGGUACUGCAGUUCCCCAGCCUCCACACGACCACUAAUGUCAGUUGGUGCUAUUUAAACUACAUUAAGCCAAAUCACAUCCAGCAUGCAGAUAGGAGGUCCUCUGUUUACGCUGGUUGGUGCAUAAGUUUGUACAACCCCAACCUUCCGGGGGUUUCCACUAAAGCUGCUUUGUCCCUCCUGAGGUCUAAGCAGAAGGUGAGCAAAGAGACAUACACUAUGGCCACAGCUCCGCAUCCUGAGACGGGAAGGCUUGUGCCAUCCAGCUCCCGCAAGCCCCGCAUGACAGAGGUUCACCUCCCUUCGCUGGUUUCUCCGGAAGGCCAGAAGGAGCUAGCUCGAGCGGAGAAGGAAGAGGAGGCCCGAGGGAAGCCCGAGGAGGACGCUCCUGCCUCCAAGAGAGGGGAGCCGGCAAGGGUCAAGAUCUUCGAAGGAGGGUACAAAUCAAACGAAGAGUAUGUAUAUGUGCGAGGCCGCGGCCGAGGGAAAUAUGUUUGUGAGGAGUGUGGAAUUCGCUGCAAGAAGCCCAGCAUGCUGAAGAAACACAUCCGCACCCACACUGACGUCCGGCCCUAUGUGUGCAAGCACUGCCACUUUGCUUUUAAAACCAAAGGGAAUCUGACUAAGCAUAUGAAGUCGAAGGCCCACAGCAAAAAGUGCCAAGAGACGGGGGUGCUGGAGGAGCUGGAAGCUGAAGAAGGAACCAGUGAGGACCUGUUCCAGGACUCGGAAGGGCGAGAGGGCGCAGAGGCCGUGGCGGAGCACCAGUUUGCAGACCUGGAGGACUCGGACUCGGACUCGGACCUGGACGAGGACGAGGACGAGGAGGAGGAGGAGGAGAGUCAGGACGAACCAUCGGGCCCCGCCGCCUCGGAGGCGCCCCCGCCCGGCCCACCGGCCACGCUGCCGGCAGACGCCUCACCUGUCCGGGGCCCUCAGCCUGUAGAUGUCGCCUCUGGCAACCAGGCCACACGGGGCAGCUCAGUCUCGGAAGCUGAGCACUUGGCAGGGGGCAGCUGCUCCACGUCCAGCCAACGCGCCCUGUGCCUCCGCCAGCUGCGACCUACCCCAUCAGGCCCCAGGGAGAAGGACACAGGCUCGGCCCUGAGCUCCCAGGCCGUGUCCCCACGAAGGCCGUGGUCCCCCAGCAAAGAAGCAGGCGGCUGCCCACCGCUUGCCCCCAAACACUCACUAACCCAAAGCGACUCAUCUCCCCAGCGACACUCACCGGCCCGAGAGCCACAGGUCUCAGCCCCGAGCCCGCCCGGCCCCCAGAGGAGCCCUCCCCACUGUGGGUCUCCGAGACUCCAACUGUCGCCUCUCACCCCCCACCCCCCGGGGAGGGAACUGUCCCCUCGAGCGCACCUGCCCCCCGAACGGGAGGGCGCCGCAGACCCAAGCCCCCCCAGACACUCGCCCCCCAGAAGGUGGUCUCCAGGCCAGGCUGAGUCACCGCCACUGUCAGCGCUGCCAGGGAAGUGGGCCUUGGCAGGGCCGGGCCCCUCGGCGGGCGAGCGUGGCCCAGGCUCAGGGCUGGCCCCACGGGCUCUCUACCUGCCCGCGCCUCUACCUCACAAGCUUCUCGGCAGAAGCCCAGCGGAGACCUGCACCUCCACGUGGCAGAAGGCCGAGUCGCCAAGUCCCUCCGGGUCUCCGGGCCCCGCCCAUCCUCUCUCCGCGCGCCCCUUCUCGGCCCCGCACGACUUCCACGGCCACGGCCCGGCCCGCACGGAGGAGAACCUCUUCAGCCACCUGCCUCUGCACUCGCGGCACCUGGCCCGCGCCCCAUGCCCCCUGAUUCCCAUCGGCGGGAUCCAGAUGGUGCAGGCCCGGCCCGGGGCGCACCCUGCCCUGCUGCCCGGGCCCCGCGCCGCCUGGAUCAGCGGCUUCUCCGGGGGCGGCAGCGACCUGACGGGCGCCCGGGAGGCCCAGGAGCGAGGCCGCGGGAGUCCCACCGAGAGCUCAUCGGCCUCCGUGUCCCCCGUGGCCAAGGUCUCCAAAUUCACCCUCUCCUCGGAGCUGGAGGCCGGGGACUGCCCCCAGGAGAGGGGGCGGACGAGCGGGGGCCCCCGCGGACCGCCCGGCUGGGAGCCCCGGGGGCCCGAGGGGCCCGCAGACCCCGCGCACUGCGCCCGCACCCCGCCGGAGGCGUCGCCCCGGCCGCCCCAGGGCCGCCGCCCGGGGCCCCGGAGCCCCCGGCUGGAGUCGCCGCCGCUCGCGCCCGCCCGGCCCGCGGCCUGUGCCCCGCCGCCGCUGGACCGCAGCAGCUCGGUGGGCUGCCUGGCCGAGGCCUCCGCCCGCUUCCCAGCCCGGAGGAGGAACCUCUCGGGGGACCCCAGGACCAGCCAGAGCUCCCCCGAGCCCUCAGGAAGUGGGGGCCCCGGGGCCCCCCCGCGCCAGCCUGAGGACCCAGCGCCCCGGGGCCCUUAGCCUCCCCGACCGUCCGCUUCUGCAUCUGCGGCUUCCCGGGUUCGGCCACGGACGUUUCCAGCCCGCCUCCCUGGCAGCAUCUCGCCGCGCGGCUCCCAGCGCAUCUGUGGAUCUGUCCAAGCAGCUUCUGCUCAGCCCCCACCUGUCUGAUCUUCCCACCACGUAUGCAGUGACCUGUGCCUUUUUCUAGUACCUUUUGUUGCUUGAAAAGAAACAAACACCCACACACACACACACACACACACCAAACAUCAAAGAGCCCGCUGAGGAGUUGGAGGCUGUGAAUAUUUUAGGUGAGGUGGGGCCUCAUCCUGGGCCACUGCAGUGGCAGCAGCCACCACCAACGCCCCCUCCCCCCGACCCCCAAGGCUGGCAAGAGGCGGUCAUUUGCUGAGAGAAAUGGGAUGCACUGAGAGAGGAAAAAAAAAAAAAGAAAGAAACUUUUAAAAACAUAUAAUUAAAUGUAAAAGCAAGCGCUCCUAUGUACACAUGUUUAUGGUUCCUGUUUAUUGCUGCUUUGGCCCACCUCAGCUUAGUGGCCACCCCUGGCUGUCAGCAGAAGGGCCAGAGGCCCAGGACAGAGGGAUGGGCGGGGAGACUCCACGAGCAGACCCAGAAAACUCCAACUUGCUUUUCCCGCUUGAAGAAAAGGUUAAGGUUCCUAGGAUUCCAACACCACAUAUUUGGGGCGGGUAGUGAGUAGGAGCUUCCAGACACGGAACGGGGGCGGGGGUGGGGGUGGUUCUGAGUCGGUGAUCCCAUCCUGGCGCUUGACCCGUAGACAAAGCCCCCUGCCUCUGCUCUGUACCCCACCCCCACCCCCAGGCUGGGAAAGGCGUCUUGGCCAUCCAUCUCCUGGUUCCUAACCGUCUGACCUGGGCCUUGCCCUCGGUGCCCCAGCCAUUGGCUGCCUUCCUUGUUCUAGAAAUGAUCCUCCAGGCUGAAGUGUCAGGGCCCGCCCAACCCCCUGGGGUCAAGAUCCAAGGUGCAUCGCCUUGCCAUUCCUGGGGCCAGGCUUGGGCUUCAUUUCACAUUUGGUCCCUGGGGUACAAAGGGCUCUAUUUCCUCCAGGGCUGGGCUUUUCCAGUGAUUGGCACAAGAAGUUUGCAGGGAUCUCUUUCUGGAACUCUUUGCUGCAGAACCGGUCCCCCUGUCCCCACCCCACACACUGUCAGGCCUCUGCUACCCCCAGGGAGUACCCAGAACCAUGACUGGUGGGAACUGCCCAAGCCUCCUAUUGGUUGGCUGAAACCUCUUUCCAAAAAAUAAGAACAUAUAGAAAGAAGGAAAGCAAGCAAGCAAGCGAAUGCUGUUUGCUACUUUCCCUAGCUACCUGUUGUCCAAGGUCAUUUGAAUUUUUCUCCAAAACAGUCAGUCAGAGCCAGUGCCUCCUUCCUCAUCCCCAGCCCCUCCUUCAUGAGGCUGCCUUGUGUUUCCUGGGGCAAAAACCUACUUUGUAAAAAAAAAGAAAAAAAGAAAGAAAAAGAAGAAAAGGAACAUGACUAGAAAUUAAAAAUCCAAGUUGAAAGAUGGAGCUCAUUUACCCAGCCCUGGGAUUGGCGGGUGUUUCCCCAGCCUCCAGAAAUUAUUUCCUUUCAUUUCCACCAGGGGGGAGGCCCAGGGACACAGUCACGGCCCGCCAGGCUAGGUGCUAAGGCCACAGAGCAGGAACCGCCUUGGCCAGGCCACCGUCCUCAGCCAGGCUCUUUGAAUCCUGUGCCCAAGGGGGCUCCUGGGCCAUGGAAGUUGUGCAGCCAGGAUGCCGUUACGACACGGAGGGUCGAGGCACUUCCGUGAGCUCCCCACCCUCGGGCAUAAUCGCCUUCUUGGCCAGUUCAGGGCCUUUCUGUUCUUGGCCUCUGCUGCGAGGCCAAGCCAGCCACAGGUCAGCCUCCAGCCCACCGCCUAGCUCAUUUCCCUUUGGCCAAGAUAAAAACAGGGCCAUAGGAAAGGGCCUCCCUGGGGGUGUUCUGGGCUCCAGCCAGCACUUCCCAGCUGCCUGACCCAGAGGCUGGGGUUCUCGGACUCCCUGGAAGAAGGCCGUACUGGCACUGAUUUGGCCUGGCAGGGAGCGGGAAGGAACCCGGGGCAUCACAGCCAAGGCCAGAGGCCAGGGCUUUCCUCACCCUUGCCUUUUAGCCCCACCCUGGGGGGCUACCCAAGGGCUAGAGACUUCCAACCCUGAGGCCCAGAGCUGGAUAAAGAGCCCUGUUUCAGCCCAGGUUUGAAAUCCUCCUCGGCAAGCUCUUUCAGUCCCCAGGCCUACAAAACGGCAGACAGGGAGCUCUGCUAGACUAGACCCUGACCUGGGGGGCAGCCACGCCCCUCCCCCGCAGC